CACCAAUAUCGCGUUGCGGAAAAUACAAAAGAGACCUAUCAACUUUCCACGUCAAGAAGGGCAUAUAAAGUGCGAGACUGAAUGGGAAUGUUUACAAUCUUCCUAUCCUCAAUCCCCCUUUCAGUUUCUUACCCCAGCCCAGGUAGUUCAAGUAGCAUGGCAUCUACACCUGAUCUGUUCAUGCGGAGGACGCGCGGUCUUCCACGUCGGGAUUAUAAUGCUCUGCACAAUGGCCUGAUUUCUUCGCCUUCACAGCAGUCUGAGGGAUCUACCUGUGAAACAGGACACCCUUCCUCUCCUGAGCCCUCUUCGCCUAGGGACCUGGAAAACGUUCAAAACACACCUCAAUCAAAGCGGUCUUACUCUUUGCUUAGUUCCUCGCCUUCCCCGCUUGAUCCUGCCUUUUCAGAGAGCAGGAGCGAUGCGAGUAGUCCGCACCCGUGUAAAAGACGAAAGCCCAAAUCAUAU